AUGAUUUGUGAAAACAACCCGGACCUUGUCUUCUUCAAGGAAACUGAGCAGACUCUGUUCAGUUAUAUCUUUUCUUUUUAUUGCAUCGGAACAGUGGCCGUAGCUGGGAUAAUCGGCAACAUUCUAUCCAUCGUGGUCCUCUCCAGGGAUAAGUCAGAGGCCCACUUAAAGCACCUGCUUCGCGGUCUAGCUCUAGUUGACUGCGUCUUUUUAAUCUUCGUGUUGCCGACAAGUGUCCUCCCCAAUGGCUACCCACACAUUCGAGGUCUGGAGGAAUACUACUUCUUCGUGUACCCCUUCUUACUGAUCUGGCUGCUCCCGCUAAUGUACGCCGGGCAAACGGCGUCAGUGUGGAUGGUGGUGAUGGUAACGGUAGACCGUUACUUUGCCGUCUGUCGUCCCUUCAGUAAAUUUAGGUUCAGCGCAAAGCGUGCUGCUCAUGUUCCCUGGGUCGUUUUCCUUGCGGCCGUCAUUUACAAUAUUCCACGGUUCUUUGAACGGACCUUUGACUACGUUAACAGUGCUCAACACACUUUUAGUGCUAGCUGUCAGGAAGAAUAG